AUGCGCACACGACCAGAUUUGAUUACUCAAGUACAAAAUUUAUCAGCAGCGUCUUUACCAUAUAAGACUAAAGUUAAUAUUUCAGAGCCAACUGAUAAAGAUACUAUAAUUAACCUAGUAAUGGAACAGUGCAAGCUUCUAUUUUUAUGUAUGCAAAAUUUUACUAAAAAAAUAUGUGAAACACUAAUUAAAAAGGCUAUCUCGUCAAUAGAUUCAGUAUCUAAAGAAUUUAAAGUGCUAGUUCGAAAAACACAGGAAUACUUAGAUAAUUUUCAGCAAAUAUUUAAUAAAAACAUGAUAGCUCUUGCCAAGGAUUUGCUUGUUAAGAAUUG